AUGUCGCAGUUUAUGGAGGAAUUGAAAGGACUUGUUCCUGGUUUGAAUACUGGGGCCCAGACAAAGGCGAGAAAGGAUUUACAGGUGGCCGAGGCGUCUGUGGGGAUGGAGCAGUUGGCUGCGUCUAGAAAUUGGGGGCAAACACUCUCGGAACGAUUGAAAAUGACGGGGAAGUCAAGGUCAAUGGAAUCGGCCCAAGAAGGGCCAGGGAGCAGUCCCCGUUUAGGGGAGAGUUAUGCCAUGAUGGAAGAGCAAUCAGACCUCGACUCGGCCCCAGCAGUUACGAGGUCCUCUUCUUCCUCCUCCUCUGUCUCGAAAAAGAAACGAAAACCCCAAGAUCUCGAUGAACUCCGCCAAAUCCUAGCCGAAUCCCUGGCUGAGCGCGAUGCCAACCCACCCCUAAAGCCCAUAAAAGAGUCCUUCGAGCCAGCAAUAUUCGCCGUGCACGCCAACAACUUCUGCCGCAGUCUCCUCCAACGCUUCCCACCCUUGGACGCCAUCCUGAUCGAGCAGCAGCGGAUAAAGUCCGGCGCCGGCAUCGCUGUGGUGGAAUGGAUCGUGCACGUCAACCGUUUCGAGGCUAUGAUCCAUGCCACCCUGCGCUGUCUCCGUGACGAGAGGAGGAUCUCCGCCAGCGUCGAGAGCGUUAGUCCCGCGCGCGUCAUGGACUACUGGAUCGACGAGGGCAUAAAGGUCAUGAGUCGCGUGCGGAGGCGCACCGCUGGUGGGGAAAUGGCGUACGUCGAGAGGAAGGUUAGCGGGCCGAAUAAAACCAAGAUGCAGAAGAUCGCCCUGGUCAGCGAGUGGGUUGAGGAGGGGAUGACGUUUGACGUCGCUGAGGGACUCGAGGACAUUGCAGAUCACUUUGUGCGCCCUCAGGCCGGCGUCAGGAAGAAGGUUGUCAAGUUGGAUGAUCUGGCCGAUUGUCUGUUGCAGGGGCUGGCUUGGGCUGAGUGGCAGGAGAAUAGAAGGAAGUUCGCUGAUGGGACCCUCCUAGAUGAACUGGAAAUAAGGACUGAAAAGUGA